AUAACCGGCGGCGCAGAGUUCUAAAACUCCCUCCAAAAAGUUUUGAAGCGAGUUCCCGAAGGGCGGGAAGGAGACAGGCGUGCGUGCUGCGUACCGCGUGUCGCGCAUCGAUCGACCCUCACCCUCGCCACUCCCGGCUCCCGGCUCCGAUACAUUCAUUUAGACAAAAUAGCAUUCCAUCAUUGCAUUUAGAAUCCUCCAUUCCAUUUAUUUUUAAGCUGUAGUUUUUGAGCGUUUGUGCAUGUUUUAGCGGCUAGUUUGGAUAGUACUUAUUUGUGAAAAUGGGUGGCUGUGCAACGAAAGAAAACAAGGAAAACAAACCGGUGGACGAGGCCGACGGAAAAGCCGGAGCAAUGGUGGACGCUGCAACUCUUGAGAAAUUGGAGGCUGGCUUCAGCAAGCUGGCCGCCUCUGACUCCAAGUCACUGCUGAAGAAGUACCUGACCAGGGAAGUGUUCGACGCUCUCAAGAACAAGAAGACUUCCUUCGGCUCCACCCUUUUAGACUGCAUUCAGUCAGGUGUGGAGAACUUGGACUCUGGUGUUGGAAUCUAUGCCCCUGACGCCGAGGCGUACAGUGUGUUCGCUGACCUGUUCGACCCCAUCAUCGAGGACUACCACACCGGCUUCAAGAAGACUGACACCCACCCCCCCAAGAACUGGGGUGAUGUUGAGACCCUCGGAAACUUGGACGCCGCUGGCGAGUUCAUUGUCUCCACCCGUGUGCGUUGUGGACGUUCCAUGGAGGGCUACCCCUUCAACCCCUGCCUGACCGAGGCCCAGUACAAGGAGAUGGAGGAGAAGGUCGCCGCCACCCUGUCCGGACUCGAAGGCGAGCUGAAGGGUACCUUCUACCCCCUCACCGGCAUGUCCAAGGAGACCCAGCAGAAGCUGAUCGACGACCACUUCCUGUUCAAGGAGGGAGACCGUUUCCUGCAGGCUGCCAACGCUUGCCGCUUCUGGCCCUCUGGACGUGGUAUCUUCCACAACGAGAACAAGACCUUCCUGGUGUGGUGCAACGAGGAGGACCACCUCCGCCUGAUCUCCAUGCAGAUGGGUGGUGACCUGAAGGCCGUGUACGCCAGGCUGGUGGCCGCCGUCAACGACAUUGAGAAGCGCGUGCCGUUCUCGCACCACGACCGUCUCGGUUUCCUGACCUUCUGCCCCACCAACCUGGGCACCACCGUGCGCGCCUCUGUGCACAUCAAGCUGCCCAAGCUGGCCGCCGACAAGACCAAGCUGGAGGAGGUGGCGUCCAAGUACCACCUGCAGGUGCGCGGCACCCGCGGCGAGCACACGGAGGCCGAGGGCGGCGUGUACGACAUCUCCAACAAGCGCCGCAUGGGGCUCACCGAGUACGACGCCGUCAAGGAGAUGUACGACGGCAUCGCCGAGCUCAUCAAGAUCGAGAAGUCCCUGUAAGCGAUCUCGCGACAACAGUAUUUUUCUAUUAUAAUUUAUCGUUUCACGUACGUAAGUAUUGGAAGUGCGGUCGGGCCCCGCGACCUGACUCUAGUCACCGGCAUCUGAUCGCCGGCGGGCGGCUGCGGUUGGCCCACUAGCCAUACAAAUGUAUUUUCUAUAAGGAAAUGGAAAAUAAAGACAGCUAGUGUUAAGACCA